GGCGGUUUAUGACAGUGUGGAGUGAAACUUUCCUAUUUUUAUCAAAGAAAAAUUGUCAUUUGUUAAUAUAUUUUGUGGACUGCAGUCUUCUGAUUUUUUAAGUAAGCAUUAUCGGAAUACAUCAACGUUUGACAUUGAUCGUCAGGACCGAGCGGAGUCAGUCAGGGCUCCAUUGUUGAUCGCCAAAUCGCUGGGCGUCCCUCGAAGUUGACGGUGGCUAAGUGUCUGACAUUGCGAUCAUUCCGACUGUUGUUGUCAUCAGAUUUCUCAACGCGGAACCGUCAGCCAUCCUGGCAAAUCAAAUGGAGAAGCUCCAGGACCUGAGCCAAUCAGAGCUACAGGAGCUCCUGGACAACCCCGAGCGAGUAGACUCUAUGGCUCUGGAGUCUGACGAGAUCCAGAACAUUCAGCUGGAGAGAGAAAUGGCACUGGCAUCAAAUCGCAGCCUGGCUGAGCAAAACCUGGACAUGAAGCCUCGUCUGGAGUCACAAAAGGAGGUGUUGGUAGAGAGAUAUUCUCACCUAGAGGUCGUCAGAGAAACCUACAGACAACACUGCUCCCUAAGAGAUGGGAUGGUGGGCCAGGUGUCUCCAGAGGCAUUGUUCUCCAAAUUGCAGACAGAGGGCAGCAAAACGGAGGCAGAGUCAGAGGCUCUGGCUGAUGAGUUUCUGGAGGGCUCUCUGCCGUUGGAUUCCUUCUUUGACCGCUUCCUCUCCCUCCGCUCUCUUGCUCACAAAAGACGGGUGCAGAUAGAGAAACUCCAGGAGAUCCUGCGACAGAGGAGUGAGGGAAAGCCCACCACCAUGACAUCAUCAGCAGGCAUCAGUCAGGACCCCGCCGCCAUGCCCUCACCAUGGAAUCAACAGACAACAACAGUAACAACGACAAAUCAGCAGCAGCCGAACUCCAAACCUCAGUCCUCCAGCUACCAAAAUGCCUCGCAGCCGGCCUCCUCAUCUGCAGGGGGCUCCUCUGGCCUCCCCUACAGCCCAUACCCUGCCACCCCCUCCAACCCUACCCCUGCAGCGGCAACAAGCUCUGUUCCAACCAACCCCCCAUCACAGUUCCCUCCAUACCCAGGUUCAGGCUCACCAUUCACCCCAGCAGGGAGCUACUCUGGCCCCAGGCCUGCUUUUGGGCCUCCAGCAUCACCUGCCUGCCCUUACCCGACCCAGUCCUCCUUCCCUACCCCACACCCGGGCUCAGCAUUCGGUCAGUACACCCCGAGCCACCCCCAGAGCGGCCCCGCACCAUACCCAGCAUCCUACAGCUAUGGUGGCUACAGCUACCCUGCUGGGCCCACCUAUUCCAAUUCUCAGUCACCAACGGGCAGGCCUAUCUACAGACCAGGAUAUGGAGUGCCACAGCCGUACUCCUGAAAGCACUACUAUUCCUCUGUCUGAAUUCUUCUUCUCAAUUCUCCCCUUCUUUGCUGUCUGACCCUUUUCUUUUUCCUCCCUCCCUCCUUCCCUCCCUGAACUCCUCCUUACCUUAAUUCCCUCUCAUCCUCUUGUCUUUUUACCUUUUCUACACUUCAUCUUCCUUCCUUUCUCUCAUGCUCACACAUUCAAGAAGUGUCUUGCUUUACUUAUCUUUGUUAAACUUUUUCUCUCUUUCUCUAAUUAUCAGUCUGUUCAUUUUGCAGGCUUUCUCUCUUUCCUUUUCCUUGUCCCUUUCUCUGUCACCCUACAAUCCACCAACUCCCCCACACUAGUCUCAGGUUGUUGCAUUGUGUUUAAGUGUUAAAACACUUGUGUCAUCAUACAAUCACUGUCCUCCUUCCCUCCUCCUCUUCCAUUUUGUGUGUGUGUGUGUGUGUGUGUGUGUGUGUGUGUGUGUGUGUGUGUGUGUGUGUGUGUGUGUGUGUGUGUGUCUGUCUGUCUGUCUGUCUGUCUGUUGCUUUUUGGCAAUCAGAAAGUCCUUAUAAACACACAAGUGCACUCCCCCUUAUGACAAAUACAUGGAUAAAAAAGCUGUCAUUCUAACACUACUGAAGUAUCUGCUAGCUGUCUGACUAGAAUCUGUCUGACUCACAUCAUUAUUCAUGAGCACAGUUUGCACUGAGAAAAUAACUUGUAAUGGAAAGUUUAUGUCCUGGGCUAGUUAAUUAAACUAAAAAAAAUGUUAAAUUGGAAAAGUGGAUGGCUGUCACAAAAUAUGGCUGUCCUAUUAAGUUCAGUUAAGAUGCAGAGUUAUGAGGGAACCAUAUUCUCCGUUGUAGCAGCCUGCUCUAUCAGUUCUUCCAGACAGUUGCCUACUUCAACCAAUAAAUGUGUCAGGUGAUACGAGUGGCAGGUGCAUUUCUUUAUGUGCAAUUAUAUGUGGACAGUUGGCAAAAGAAUCACCAGUAACUCCAAAAACCCGUCAGGUUUUAGUUUCUUCAACCAAAGACCCAUGUGACAAUGACAAUACUUUGUUGACAUUGAAAGUAGAGGUUAGCUGCAGCUGUGUGUCAGCAGCUGUGCUUUCCUUUCCAUCGGUAUAAGGGCCUGGUCAAACCAGAAGGUGGCACAGCAAAGUGUUCUGUCCAAGCUUGGUGAUGCAAUGACAACAUGCAGGACUGGCAGUUGGGUACAUUAGUUGUGAACUAAGCUUAUUUCCUUUUUUCUCUGCACUAGUUUACCUACCCUGGUAUUUUGUUCUAAGGAUUGUUAAUUAUUUGCAGGAAAGGGAACAGACAUGUUAACAGCUAGUACUGUGUGAUGAUAUAUACAAUGGGAUGUGACUAUAGAAAAAUAUCUAUCCAUUUGUAUUAUACUCUAUCAUUUAUUUGCUUGUGUUGUUGUGUCACACUCUUUCUGUCAAUAUUUUUCAUCAUUUGGACGACAUUUUUCAUUUUUCCAGCAUCAUUUUUUUCCUGGGAUGGCGAAGGAGUGACCCGCCCUGCUCUUGGAAUAGUAUACCUAAAUAUUCUUACCCUAACCCUAACCAAACCCCCCUUCCUGCCUAAACCUAACCACACCAUCAGCAAAGGCAAAGUUUACUAGCCAGUCAGAGCCCGAGCAUGGUGGGUCAUUCCUUCACCGUCCUUGGAAAUAAUUGGCGUUCUUCCACAUGGCACGAAUGCAGGCAGAAAAUUUGCAUGAAGGCAACACAAACAUACAUCCAUCCCUGAUAACAGCUAAGAUAAAUGUCUCAAUAAAUGGUCUGUAUCUAUGUAGCCCUUUUCUGGCCUUAACAACCACUCGAAGCGCUUUUACAUCAGUCAACAUUUACCCAUUUGUACAGUGGUGCCACCAUUAGCCAUUCACACGUUAAUGGCAGAGCAUUGGGAGCUCUUCAGGGUUCAGUAUCUUACCCAAGGAUACUUGGGCAUGUAGACUGUAGAGGCCAGGGAUCCUACCACCGACCUCCUGAUAAGUGGGCAACCGCUCUACCUCCUGAGCCACAGCUGCCCCAGUAAGCCACAUAUCAGCCUGGUGCCAGGACAACACAGGCUCUGAGCCAGAAAGUUAUUUGAAAGCUGCCACGCAGCCCUUGCGACAGUUUUGGAAAUAACCCAAAGGCUAUUUUAAACCACACUUUCCAAGCCUUCAUGUGUUUUUCCACAAUGCAUGCCAGCCCCCGUAGUCUCAACAUACGAUGACCUUAUAAAGCUGAUAUAGUCAUCAUAUUCAUAAAUAUUUGCCUAUUUCCCCAUCCAGCAGGCACAGAGCAACAUUUGCAUUCAUUUGGAGUUGUGCUCACCUGCCUGCCCUUACCCGACCCAGUCCUCCUUCCCUACCCCGCACCCGGGCUCAGCAUUCGGUCAGUACACCCCGAGCCACCCCCAGAGCGGCCCCGCACCAUACCCAGCAUCCUACAGCUAUUGUUGGCUAUAGCUACCCUGCUGGGCCCACCUAUUCCAAUUCUCAGUCAUCAGCAACAUUUGCAUUCAUUUGGAGUUGUGCUCUGGUUUAGUCUCCCCUCAUGAGAAAUAUAUCUAAUUCCUUAGCUGCUAAAUGUUCAAGGUUAAUGUUUGGUUGGAAAACCAACAUGAUGAGCUAAAAGAGACUUUCAAAGUACUCUGUAGAGUCGAGGGGAACUGCAUUGAUUAUAAAUAUCAUGAUUAGCGCAGCUUUAAGAAAAAGCUUAAAGAAAUUUCUUUCCUAUGUAUAGUGAAUUCAAUGAAAUGCCUUCCCCAACAUGUGUUUCCAUUCCUUGACCCAACUAAAGAUGACAAAUGAACAUGUAUGGGGCUUUCAUUUUCAGUUAUUAGCAGUCUUUGAUAGCAUGUCUUAUAUUUGUAGUUUUAUCUGUGCUUAUUAUACAAAAAAUAACCAGCAAGACAAGGCAGGAAGGAAGUACUACCAGAUCCGUGUAAAAUGUUCCUGAAUGUGCUGCUGUGGACGACAGAUAUUUGCUACAACUUACAUCUUAAGUGGCUCGUGUUACAGAUUGCCCACCUAUCCGACAUACAUUCCACAUCAAGAUUUAGUAGUUUUUCAGAGUCUUAAUGCUUUUAACGUUUCUAGUUUUCACAGUCUUAAAUCCCUUUUUGAAUUUUGAAUGCUUGUCAGCUUGUUUGGGGGCUUUGGAGGAUUGGACCAUUUCCAGCAAAUACAGAGAGACAGACGAAUCACCUUUAAUGAACUAUGGAGUUUUUGUACUCAGAGCGAGUAAAAUGAAAAAGUCUUAUGUGGGUUACAGGUAUUGGCAAUGAUAUACAGAUUGUUUGAUGAAGAUCAGGGGGAGUUAGGAGCACUGUAGUCCUGUAGUAACACCCAGAAUGGAGACAAUUAUACUUGCUGGAGUCUCUGUCGUUCACAGACCAGUUUGAAUCAUCACAGAACCAAACGUGGUUUGACUUCUCUGUUCCCACUUUGUCUGUAUCCUCCCUAUCAGCACUCCUCUGUCCUCACCUCCUCUCCAUCACUCUCCUCCUUCUCCUCUUUCUCCUCUUCCUCUCCAGAUCUGCUUGUUUAACUUGAACUGAUGCUUGACAAUGAUUACCAGAAGAAAAUAGUUUUUAUUUCUUUAAGUUCACUCUAUCAUUGAGAAAACAUAUCGUCUGUAUAGUUUAAUGGAGUGAAAAUAUAAAGUUUGGCAAUCAGCUCUGUGUCAAUUGAAUCAAUUCAAGUGUAUAACCUAGGUAACUGAUGAGGGAUAAUUUAUAUAUUGUUUAGAGGCAGACACCACAUCUCUAAAUUUGUUUUACACCUUGGAAUAACCCCCAAACUAGAAUACCACAUGAAAUUGUUUAUGUGAAAUGUGAAACAUAUCAUCAAACUAAUCAUGUUUUAUCUUUUUACAUCUCCUCUCAGAGCACUUUAUAGUAGUAUUAUCACUCCAGUAAAAUAUCCUCCCAGUUCAAAAUAUCAUUAGCAAGUGGGCAGACGAGAGACUGGAGGGGUGCUCUAACAGUGACAGGAAAUUUGUCUCUACUCUAAAGUGUAUUUUGAACUGAUGGAAUUGAAUCCCAAUUGGUCCCAGCCUCUAUAAUUCUGUAUUGCUAUUAACACUCUGCCUGCCAACCAAAGUUGAUCUACCACAUCCACAUAUCUCAGCAGCAGUCUUGGCAGUUAUCAUAUGUGAUAGAAAUCAUCAGCAACAUGAUGAAAAAAGACCUGGGGCCAAAAGUAUUAACGAUGCAUGUGUGUAAAAGCUAUGCAUUUAGUUGUACUCAUAAAAAAAAUAAUAUGCAUACCUUACAUGGCUUACACAUGGUGUAGCGAUAGCUACUGGUGCAAUAGUUCCAAUUUGUAGCAUUUAGUGACAUCUAGCAGUGAGGCUGCAGACUGCAGCCAACUGAAUAAUCCUGCCUCACCCGUCCCUUUCCAAACAUGUAGGAGAACAUACUCUGGAACCUCUCUAGAACCAAUGUUUGUCCAUUGUAAAAUCUGUUUCCGUAUAAGCUCUAACGGAAUCAUGUAUCAUUCUUUUGAUGUUUAAGACAAGACAGAUAAGACAAGAUAAGAUAAAACUUUAUUUAUCUGCAGCUCGGGAAAUUUGGGCAUUACAGCAGCAUGUGAUAGCAGUGGGAAGAAUAAUAGCAGCGGGGAAGAGAACGUUCGGAAGAAAAAAAACACAAUACAAAAUAAAAAGUAGACUAUAUAUAAAAAGUAGACUAUAUAUAUGUACAUAUUAUAGCAAAUCAUCAGCAAAAUGAAAUUUGACUAUAUAAAAUAAAAAUAAAAUAUUUAGAAAUACUGAGAUACUGCACAAUAACAUGAUUAUGGCUUAUUGAUACAUGUGAUCAAUUAAUGAUACAGGCCUACUGACUGCUGCACUCACAUCAACAGGUUUCAUGAGUGGUAGGGUGGGCAUAAGUAUUGGCAACCGGAUGAUUUACGGCAUUUCUACGUACAUUUUUGGGUGACCGUGGCAGUAGGAACAAGGCUUGCACACAAGUGCACGUGCACCCAGUUGCACGAUGAUUGAGAUUUCUAAAACAAAAAGAGGUUUGCAUGCAACUUUCUACAUCUGACGACACAAAUUCAUAUGCAUAUUUGUGUUUGUGUAUACACAGUGGUCGUGAAUCUGCACAGUUUUAUGCAUCUGGCCCUGGUGUUUUUUUAUUGGCAACAUCUUUAUAUUCAGAGCUAAAUGUGGACCUUCAAUAUGUACUUUAAAAUAUAGAAUAAUAUAACUAUGGCUUUAUAAUGCUUUGCAUUGUCAAAAGACUCAUGGGAGCUGCAGCUGAAUUUGUAGGUAGCAGUGCAGGCAACAUUUUGCCACUGCUCGUCCCAAAUAUCACUUCACAUUAAAAAUAAUCUGGGUGGUUUAUACAUCUUCCUUUCGGCAGGAAUGACGGCAUGGAUAAAGCUCAUCCAACCAUGUGACCAACAAAGUUACUUGAACUUGGACAGUCAGUUUUGUAACCUUACAAGUCACUCCUACCAUUACAGUUAUUUUCUGUGCUUAUUACCACAGCAGAAAAGUAAAAAGCAUAUAUCCUAUGGUACCAGAGAAUUUCCUCCCACAAAGAGACAUUAUCUGUUUGAAUCUGUUAGAUAUGUCAAAAAAAGUUUAAUAUAUUACAUUUGUUUAGCAGAAAGUGUCAUGCAUCAAUGAUAUACUGGUUGCAAUGACAAAAAGUGUUUGGACACUCAGACACACAGGCCUAGAUUGCUUUAACAGAAAGUGUUUUAGCAUAAAGGAAAAGAAAAAUAAUUGUUGCCUGAGAAUGAUGGUCGUUUGCUUGUGUAUAUGACUACAUGACUAUGUGGCUAUAGACCACUAGCGUAACAGCAGUUAUUUUGGAUAUAUGUCAGGGGCACCACCUUCAAAUAAGGCAUCAUUUAUAAAGCAUUAUAUGCAGUAACUAAAGGCUUUAUAAAGUAAAAGUAAUAAUAUGUAAAUCAUUUCUAAAUUGAUUACAACUAUGUUAUAUAUUAUUUGGAAACCAAGAGGAAUCUGUAAUUUUACUCAAAGUAAUGGUGCAUUUCAUUUCAUCUCCUGUCAAUGGCAUAAUAUCCCUUUUACCCCCUCAAGUUGCUAUCCACAUCCAGGGAGACCCCAGAUGAUACAUCAGACAGUGAGGAAGGACGAUGGUAAACAUGACUGGAAUAACAUUUAGAACUGCAUUAUCACCAAAUAGAUGGAUAAACAUAGGUCAGUGGGAAUUUUCACAACCUGCCAACCCAAAAUUUUCAUUAAUAACUUUUAAUGGAUAUAUAUAUACAUUAAUAAAUGAUUCAUUAUUCAAUAAUAAGCCAGUAGUUACAAUUAUUAAACGCUUUAUGAAGGGGUGCUUAACUGGUGUUGUUUAUCUACAUUACACAACCAAACCUGCUAACAUCAGCAGGUCAUACAGAUAAUGAGACUAAUAUCACGCAUGUGAUGGUGCAUGCUCCACCUGAACUCACUGCUGCUACAGAGCUCCACACCAUGACAAAAGCUAACAGACUGACACCGGCAAGUGUCACCCGCUGUCAAUCAGUCAUGAGGUAUACUUGUUUGAGGAGCUCUGUCAUAUUAACCCAGUGAGGAUCAGUCAGUUAUCUGCUCACAGGACAUGAUAUGCAUGAAGAGUAAAAGGCCAAGGAAAGAGGGCCUGUUGAUGUCCCGUUGCUGCACUACUUACCGUAUGGUGCUGAUGUCAUUGUCUUUAUAUAUCCUUACACAGUUUUAGUUCAGUCUUACUUUUUAUUCACCACUCUCACACAGACCAGGAUGUGUGUGUUUCUGUGUGUCUGUGUCUGUGUGUGUAUGUGUGUGUGAGAGAGAGAGACAAGACGAAUCCACUUCAUAUGAAGAUACUGAAAACUCUGAGCAUGACGAGCUUUACAUACCCAACUUUAAGAUGUGGAUGAUUCUAGUGGGUUUGUACUAAAGACUUUUGUGUCCCAGCGAAAGAAUGACUAAUAAUAGUACAGUCUUUUAGAAGAAGCACAAGGAAGAUGUUUGAAUAUAAUCUAGCAUUAACAUUAUCCAGAGGGAAAUAACAUUGAGAUGUCACUCUGAUGGUGGUGAAUUAAAUGAUGAUAAUGAUGACUGUGGAUUGUUGAAGAGCCUUUUUUGUUUUCUGUCCCUUUUUGGGGUUGUGAAUAAACAGAAGUUGAUCUAUAUUAAAA